GUGGCAGUGUUCUUCAUCUUUGUUUUGCUUUUCAUUUCCUUUUUUUAGAUUCGAAACCCUAAACUUGCAACUUGUUACUCCUAGAAAAUCAAAAUCGAAUUAGGCUUUUUAUCACCAUUGAAUCUGUUGAUCGAAUCUGUUGAUAUAUCCAUUCAAUGGAUGCUGAACCUGGAACUGAGCAUACAAACUGGAAGGUACCAGAAGUUAAACCGAAUGAUAUUGGUGGGAGUAGGGUCAAUGAGGAUGAGACAUUUAAUGAGGUUGGUGAGAGGAGGGACAAUAAUAGUGAUGAACAUGAUGGAAUAUUUAAUGAAACUGGUAGUUAUAGGAGCACAGAACAUGUGGACCACAUUGUUGUUGGUAGCGAUGUCCAAAAUGAUUGUUGCUCUCAACAACCUGAUAUAAAUAAUGGUAAUACAAACAUUGUUAUUCAAGCUGAGGAUGAUGCAGAAAUACACUCUAAUGAUGAAGUAAGUUACCUAUUCACAAGUGAUGAAAAGGAUAGUGAAGCAAAACAUGGUAUCAUAAGAAAAGCAAGGCAUCAUUUCUUUGAUGAAAGCGAAGGCAACCAAGAAAUUGAGCUUGGUAACACAAGAGGAGCAUCUUCUUUGCGUAUGAAGAAGGGAGAUAUUUUUGAGGCAAUUGGAGAUGAUUUAGGUGUGGAGUUGACACUUGUGCAAUGCAAGAAGACAAAGGAUAAGUGGAAGAAGAAAUUUGAAAGUGUUCCUAAUGCUGAAUAUAGCAGGUUAUUCGACUACGCAAAUGAGCUCAAGUCAAAAGAUCCAAAAGCAAACAUUGGGCUUUAUUGUUCUAGACAAACAACAGAUACAAUUCCUACAUUCUUGAGGAUGUAUGUCUGUUUUAGUGCGUUGAAGAAGGGAUUCCUUGCUGAAUGCAAACAUGUAAUAGGAGUUGAUGGUGCAUUCUUCGAAGAACUAUGGAAAGAUUUGUUUAUGGGCAAUGGAAGCAAGUUUUGCAUUAUGUCUAACCAACAAAAGGGACUUAUUAAGGCUGUGGAGAAGCUCUUCCCAUAUGCUGAACACAGGGAAUGGGAUCUCAUUGGAAUCCCUUGUAGGCAUGCCAUAGUAGCAAUUAACGCUAAGAAGGAAAAAGAAGAAGAUUAUGUAUCAAAUUGGUAUAGGAAGGCAAAGUUUAAAACUGCUUAUGAGACCCUCAACAUGAAAAUGCUAAUGCAAGUGAAGAGCAAGUUCCUGUUGAAUUCCCAACAUCCCACAACAAUCAUUGAAAAUGAUGGGCAAAGGAGUUCAGAAUCAGCAACUAGGAAUCCCCCUAUAGGUGCAUCACAUGCCAUUGUAGUGACUCCGCAGCAACCUAGAAAAAGAAUGAAGACAUUUGCAAGAGAACCACCAAGAUCAGUAAUGGAUAAGGCAAAAAGUGUUGGUAAUAGGUCAAACCAAUAAAAAGGGAAGUGUUGCAAUAUGUUUGAUACUGGAUAGUUGGUAGUGUAUUUUGCUCUGUGCCUGUGUUUGGUCAACUACCAAAACUCUUGUGUUGAAACUUGAGGACAUGUGUUGCUUAGUAUGCUUUACAAUUGAUGGGUAAGUUGGAUUUUUGGUAAUAUGAGAUAGUCGAUUAGCAAGCUAGUUUGUGGUGUAUGCUUGAUACUUAACAUGUCAAAUGAGAGAUUUUUUGUGUAGGUGUAAGCAUUGCCUAAAACUUUGUAUUAUGUGUAUCUAAUUUUUGUUUUUUGGUAAUUUUUGUGUGUAUUGAUUGUUUGGUUUUAUGCACUUGCUACCCAGCAUUUGGAAACUAUGCAUUAAAUUUCCCUAAUUUCU